CACAAGCAACUUCACUGACAUCAAACAUCAAAGCCCAGGCCCAGGGUGCGCUGAGACCAGCUAGCUGUAUUUAGGGAACAGGGUGGGCUUUGAAACAGUGGGGCAGCAUGAUGGCGUCUUCCAGCGCGGUCAAGGUUGGGUACACGCAAGGCUGCUUUCCCCAUUGCUCCCUCCCCACUUCUCAGGAUGCCUCCCAUGCCCCGGCGCUUCUUCCGAGAGGCGCGGCCUGCUCUUUCUUGUCAGGGGCCAUGAAAAUGAGAUGUGGUCGGAGAUGCACUCAGCUAGAGCACAGACCGCAGGCUAUGGGGCCGAGGGCACAGGGGACAGAAGCAGCGGAGGCGGCUGCUGAGGGCAGGUUUGAUGCAAAGGCGUUCAAGAGGGCCCUGAAUAAGAACCUGAACUACAACAGGAACGGGUUUGGGUACAAGGAGGAGAUGCUGGAGAAGAUGUCGCAAGAGUACACAAGCGACCUCAUUACAAAGCUGAAGGAGAACAACAACGAGUACACAAUUGGCGACGUCACCAUCAGCCUGGCCAAGUCGUACGGCUUCUGCUGGGGCGUCGAGCGCGCCGUUCAGAUGGCAUACGAGGCCAGAAAGCACUACCCGGAGCAGAAGAUGUGGAUCACGAAUGAGAUCAUCCACAACCCCACCGUAAACAACAAGCUCAAGGACAUGGACAUUCAGUACAUCCCAGUUGAUAACGAGGUUAAGGACUUCACGGUGGUGGAUGAUGGGGAUGUUGUCAUCCUGCCCGCAUUUGGCGCCACGGUACAGGAGAUGCGGCUCCUGUCAGACAGGGGCGUCAAGAUGGUAGACACCACCUGCCCCUGGGUCUCCAAGGUGUGGAACACGGUGGAGAAGCACCGCGUGAAGACGUACACAUCAGUCAUCCAUGGGAAGUAUUCCCACGAGGAAACAGUCGCCACAGCGUCGUUCGCUGGCACAUACAUCAUUGUCAAGAACAUGACGGAGGCUAACUACGUUUGUGACUACAUCCUGGGAGGCAAGCUGGACGGGUCUAGUGGCACGCGGGAGGAGUUCCUAGAGAAGUUCAAGUUUGCCAUCUCAAAGGACUUCGAUCCCGACACGGACCUGGACCGUCUGGGGAUCGCCAACCAGACCACGAUGCUCAAGGGCGAGACCGAAGCCAUCGGCAAGCUGCUUGAGCGGACCAUGAUGCAGAAGUUUGGCCCUGCGGAGGUCAACGACCACUUCAUGAGCUUCAACACCAUCUGCGACGCCACGCAGGAGCGGCAGGACGCGAUGUUCGAGCUGGUGGAGGAGCCGCUGGACAUGAUGAUUGUGGUGGGCGGGUACAACAGCAGCAACACGAGCCACCUGCAGGAGAUCGCGGAGCAGCGCAACAUCCCCUCCUUCUGGGUUGACUCCGCAGACAGGGUCGGGCCAGGCAACAAGAUCGCGCACCGUCUCCUGUACGGCGAGCUUGUAGAGAAGGACAACUGGCUGCCCGACGGCCCUGUCAAGAUUGGCAUCACGUCGGGAGCCUCCACGCCGGACAAGGUGGUGGAGGACGUGUUGAACAAGGUGUUCGCCAUCAAGGCGGACAUGUACUCCACUGCCGCUGUGGCUUGAACAAUUUUGGGUGUUGUUCUCGCUCGAGAGAGCGCUGUGUUUGUUGACCAUUUUUUAUGCCGGAGCUCAAACGUUCCAUUGACGUCUCAGUGGUAUCCCUUGAAGGGUUCUCCGUAGAAUCAAGCAUCAUGGAGUCUGCCUACUAAAGGCGCCGUCACUUCCUUGUACGCCGUGUCGGAUGCAAUUUACAAUUACGCGAAAUAAGCCGCCCUUUCCCUGCAAAUCAAGCUGACAUUCAAUACUACAAGUCAAGUUCAACCUGAAUCCCCGUUUAUUUUGUCUGCCAAAGCGUGGCCUGG